GUUCAUUCAUUAAUUGUCAAAUUGUCAUACGCGUCGCCGAUGUGUCAGUGGGCGAUCGUUGUAUAGCGUGUUAUUUGUGUCGUAAAUGUGGUUCGAUUAUGUGAUAAUGAGAAGACAUGCGCUUUACAACAUUAUUAUUAAGUGAUGCAUGUGUUUUGAGUUUAGUGUCGUGUUAAAAAACGUUGUUUUCAUUUGUAUGUCAUCGGACUCUUCAAUAUGGCGGCUCCUCGUCACAAAUCACAACAGAAAAAUAUAUCUUCGAUAUUUUCGAAGUUGCACGGGGCGUUCUCGGACGCGGUAUGCCCUACUAAACUUGCGACCGAUAAAAGGACAUUGGAUAAGACUUGGAAAUUGAUGGAUAAAGUUGUGAAACUGUGUCAGCAUCACAAGAUGAAUUUGAAAAACAGUCCGCCGUUUAUUCUAGACAUUCUGCCGGAUACGUAUCAGCGUCUGCGUGUUAUUUACUCCAAGUACGAGGACAAUAUGCAGGCGUUGAACAGUAACGAACAUUUUAACAUAUUUAUAAUUAAUUUGAUAAGGAAAUGUAAGCAGGCUAUAAAGUUGUUCAAGGAAGGGAAAGAGAAGAUGUUUGAUGAGAACUCUCACUACCGCCGUAACCUGACGAAGCUUAGUUUGGUGUUUAGCCACAUGUUGAGUGAGCUGAAGGCGAUGUUUCCGAACGGCACGUUUGCCGGGGAUCAGUUUCGCAUCACGAAGAGCGAUGCGGCCGAGUUCUGGAGGACUAACUUUGGAAACAGCACCCUGGUACCAUGGAAGAUAUUCAGGGAGGAAUUGAACAACGUGCAUCCCAUAUCAUCGGGUCUGGAGACGAUGGCGUUGAAGACCACCAUCGACCUCACGUGUAACGACUUUAUAUCGAAUUUUGAAUUUGAUGUUUUUACGAGAUUAUUCCAACCUUGGAGUACGUUACUCCGAAACUGGCAACUGUUAGCGGUCACGCAUCCAGGAUAUGUGGCGUUUUUAACUUACGACGAGGUCAAGGCGAGGCUCCAGAAGUAUAUACACAGGGCUGGCAGUUAUGUGUUUAGGUUAUCAUGUACGCGGCUCGGCCAAUGGGCGAUAGGCUACGUGACGGUGGACGGCGAGAUCCUGCAGACGAUACCCCAGAACAAGAGCUUGGUACAAGCUUUAUUAGAUGGAUAUAGAGAGGGAUUUUACCUUUACCCAGACGGUCGGGACGUGAACCCGGACCUCAGCAGUGCAAUCAUAUCACCAGCGGAAGAUCAUAUCACUGUAACACAGGAGCAAUACGAGCUGUAUUGUGAAAUGGGUAGCACGUUCCAAUUAUGUAAGAUUUGCGCGGAAAACGACAAGGACAUCAGGAUAGAACCCUGUGGACAUCUGCUAUGUACACCCUGCUUGACUGCGUGGCAAAUCGAUUCAGAAGGUCAAGGCUGUCCAUUCUGUCGAGCAGAGAUCAAAGGGACUGAGCAGGUCGUAGUGGACGCAUUCGUACCGCCACGCCCGCCUAACACAACGUCAGAUAAAAACACAAAGACUGCAGUAAAACCGGUGUCUUCAAAUUCAUCCGGUUCUUCCGGAUCGUCCGGUUGCAAUGGUUCCAGUGUAGACGUGACGAUAUCGGGCAGUGCAAACGGCUGGGCGUCGAGAAACACAACGUUCAACGGACUCACGGAUGACAUUGACGAUGCCGAGGACUGGGCAGAAUUCAACGCAGCGACCUCCACAAUAGACGCUUUGAGGCCGUCAGUGCGAUCUCCGGGCGCUUCGCCCCGCCACAGCCCGAGGGCGCCGCGUAGGGCUCCGCAACCCAAUGAGAAUGCGUACGGGGAAUUACGGGCACCCCCAUUACCGCCUAGGAAGAGUUUGUCUCCGGCAGAACCAGCUAUCGUCGCUGCGUCUAGUGUUCAGGAUAUAGCAGCAGCCAGUAGUGCUCAUACGGAGCCUCGAAGACGAUCCUCUUUAGAACCGGAGCCUGACUCCCGACACCGGCUCACAUCCAUCAUCACGGGAUCCACGGAGACCAUCACAGGAGUCAUUGACACCAGACAUGAGGUGCCACCUGACCCAAGGGCCUUUGAAAAACCCCGACGAGCCUGCACCCCACAAUCAAACAGUCGUCCCCUCCCCGCACCCCCGCCCGAACGACCCGCAGAAACCCCCACCCCCACCGAACCAAAACCAGAGCGACAUCUACCGGACAACCGAUACAAUAACGAAAGACAAGAACUUCCAAACAGACAGGAAAGGCCACCAGAUAACCGCAUUGAUAGACAUCCCCCAAAUCCGCCCGAAAAUAGGCACCCAGUACCUGAAAAUAGGCACCCUGUACCCGAAAACAGGCACCCUGUACCCGAAAACAGGCAUCCUGUUCCCGAAAACAGGCAUCCUGUACCCGAAAACAGGCACCCUGUCCCAGAAAACAGGCACCCGGUGCCCGAGAAUAGGCCAAACGAGAGACACGUGCCGGAACGUCACCAAGAAAAUAGACCAGAGAGGGUUGAGAGGCAAGAACGCCACAUCCCAACCCCAGAGAGGCAAGAAAGACAUUUACAAGACAAUAGACACGAGAUCCGAGUAAUGGACAACAGGCAAGAGAGGCACGUUGGCCCAAUUGAGAAGUCUGAAAGACAUCUGCCUGUAUCAGAUCCCCGACAUACGGACUUCCGUCUACCUCCAGAAAGACCGCCAGAGAAACCUGAUAGGAUUAUUGAAUCUAGGAGUAGUUUUGAUCGGGAGACUAGGCUUGAGAACAGGGCGCCGCCUAGGCAAAGGUCGUUGCCUGCGACGACUAGUGGGAGCGUCGAUCAGCCCACGAAGUCCACCACCAUGCCUAAGUUCCCAUCAGAAGAUAUAAAAGACCCACCGUAUGAAAAUGUGGCUGUGGAGAAGAAUGAAUUGGCUGUAGCACCUAAAAAAAUCAACCCGCUCACGCACGACAAACACGGACGCAAGUACGGCGACAACGUGUCGUAUGAGAACAUAAAUUUAGAUUACAUCGCUCGUUUAGUGGGUGAGGGAUACCCGAAAGACAUCGUGGUACGCGCUCUGGGCAUCACACGCAAUGAUCUGGAAAUGGCCUGCGAUAUACUACAUGAGUUUGGAUCUAAAGUACCUAAUAAGUGUUAAAAUUAGAUAGUUUGUUCUUUAAAUUGGUUACUUUGUGAAGUGUGUUGAGGUUUAUAGCAAAUAUUUCUUGUAAAUUUCUGCAUCUAUCAUCGUCAUGUUUGAAUAGUGUGACUAAUCAGGUUUUAUCUCUGUCGGGAAAAGUAAUAUUGUGUUCUUAAUUAUAAUAUUCUCACUAAUAACACAAACCUACCACAUACAUAUGUGUAUUUAUUAUAGCUUGUACGUAUACGACAUAUAAACCUCAGCUUACUUCAUAAAAUAUCCACAUAACAGGUUUAGUAAUUCGUACCUUAUGAACUAAAUAUAAGUCUGAUUUUACCGUGUACAUAUUUCAGUGUCAUCGUUUGUUUAUCAUAGGAAAAUAAUUCUUAUAACGCUAUACAUAGCCACUAUUUCACUUUGAGCAAUAGCUGAGAUAAUAAUCCUAUAGUGUAUAACGCUUGAUACGGGUCUAUGGUAAUAAAAACAAGUUUAGUAACAGGUUUAAGUCAGUUUAAUAAUUAGGAUUUUCAAUUUUGCGCUGCCUAGGUGGCGCUGUUGUCGUUUACAGUCAUAUUAGCUGUCACAAGUUGACUGACUAAUGACCUUGAACUAUACUAGCGCUGAUAGUGGCGCAAAUACCCUUAUUAGAUGAACAAAUUCAUUAAAGAAAAGUAUCCGAAAAAAUAAAUAUAGAUUGAUGGAAACCGGCGUUUAAAAUAAUCUAAUGAAUAAAUAAUUAUUUUCAUCUUUUAAAGUUCCUGAUGUUAUUAUGUUUUCUUUCUAUUAACAAAAUAUUUAGAAUGUCGAUAAAAUGCAAAAAUAUUUUUGUCAAAUUCCCAAAUAGUGUAUAUUUUUAUAGACUGCAAAAACCUUAGAAACGCCCCAAUGGUUUCCACAAUCUUCAAAUAACCAAACAGAAUUGAAACCGACAUUAUUAUAAUUCGCAUACCAAUAAAACUACGUUAAAUAUAAACAAUCAUUUAUUAGGAAUAAUAAAAAAAAUAUCACUACAUUUGAACUUGUUAAACAAACCAUCGUACGAUUAAAUAUUUAAGCGAAAAAAAAGUUCUAUUAAAAUAAAAAAGUAAUUUUAAUAGUUAAUAAUUGUUAGUACAGACCAGCAUGUCAACCUACACUUGACUGACAAAUUUCUUCAAUGCAUUUCUAGCUUUAUUAAAGAAGCUUAAGAUUCAAAAUCCAUUGAAGAGAUUAGACAGGUGAUAGUAGGUUUAUAUGCUGGCCUAUGUACUAUCAUAACACCGUACGUGUUUGCUAUUUUAAUAAAUAGUACUACAGAUGUCUUUGUCCGGUCAUUGUUGACAGACAUUUUUGACAUAUACGUAUCUGACUGGCUAAUCAACGAUUAGCUACUUCGAUGAAUUUUUAAUGUUAAUUAUUAAUUAAUAUUAAUAUUUAUAUAAAAGAAACAUUAGCCGGAUAAUGAACACUGAAAUAUUAGCUUGUAAUAUCAGUAAAUUCGUUUCGGGCGUCCGCCAUUUUAUGGCGCAAUUUAUGGCGGUCUUUAGAGAGCCGUCCUGUCACAUUGACAGAUUGACAGCUGUCAACACGGGUAGUGUUCAAUUACGUCAUUAAUUCAUGUACUAAUACGAGCAAACUGUCUUUGAAGAAAUCUAAAAUCGUGUGAUAGUAUUAUAGAUUAAUAAAUAAAAACAUAUUUUUAAGGCACAUUUAAUGUAUUUAUUUCGCAUCAUAUUAGUGACAGUAAAACAUUUUUAAUUCCAAUUGUUUUUAAUCAGUAUUCAUUUUUAACUCAAUAUAUUUUUCAUUAAUUAAUUAAUUAAAUAUUAUAAUAAAAUGCUUUGUAAAUAGUCACUUGUAUGGAUAAAUAUUGCCUAUAUUUUCAUAUAAAAUCGCUCUCAUAGUGUUUACUUAAUAGUGGUUCAUAUAGAAUAUAUUUUUUCAUAUUUACGUCAUAUGUAUGUGGGGAUGAUACAAAUUUUGACACUUCGACUUAUGACACUUGCAAUAUUUAAUGUCUAGAAUACUACUUAAUAUUGUUGAUGUAAAUAAUAAUUAAUAUUUAUAUUUUUUUGGUAAAAAAAAACUCGUACAUGUUGCAUUGAUCUUCCUUUUUGGUAUAAUGUUAGAGAAAAAAAAAAUGAAGUAGAUAGUUUGAUAAGUUUUUACUUAAAUAAAAAAAAAAACAAAUUCUUUUUGAAAUUCGAAGAGCUUACAACGGCACCAACGUUUCCUGAUAUUGUUCUUCGUAUUUUUCUAUAUGAAAACGUUUUUUGUAAAAGUGCAAUUUUUCUAAAUCAUCUUUUCCUUUUUUAUAUUGCUUAUACAAAACUCGGAUGCAAGUCUCGACAAGGAUAACGAUAGAAAUCGAUCGCUAUGUCAGUUACAUUAAACGAUUUUCAAACUUAUUCUUUUAAAAUAACAUUUGAAAUCUAUUAUUGGAAUAUCUGACUUAAAAACUGAUCGUUAUAAUUAUCGAGACUUCCAACUCCUUAAAUGAACUGCUUAAAACUUUAAUAAUUAUGCGUUUUUUUUUAUAAGUAUGAAAUGUUCAUAUUCUUGUUUGACAUAUUGACUAUCUAUUGGUUGACUUUCAACCGAUUUUAACGCAGUUUAGUAAGACAGUGUGCUUAGUGAAUGACUUGACUGAAUUUUUAGGUUAUAAUCUAUCUAGUCUUAAUAUUUCACUAUUUUGCAAGUUUCAUUAAAUUCUUCGUUCAUUAUAGUUAAUUAAAUGACGCUAUAUAUUUGUAAUUAAAGCCAGUUUAUUGUAACAACUGUAAUUAAUAGAUUGUAGUACCCAAGUGUUAGGUACCUACCAUUUAAUUGUGAGUAUACAUAUCCACCAUUCGACUAGUCAAGUUCACUUUUUUCUAUAAAAAUGUUCUGCGUUUUUACCAUAUACAUUUUUAUUUUAAAAUGUGUGAUGUUAGUAUUUUGUGAUUAACGAGUUGUGUGUACAUUUUAUCAUUUAAAAUGAAAUAUUUUAAUAUGUAUAUUGGUAAACUUUUCAUCUUCGUUUUUAAAUUAUGAAAUGUACACCAACUUAAUUUGUAAUUCCCUUAAAACUUAAAUUAUCGAAUACACAAGCUGUAAUUAAUCAUUUAAUUUCAUUUAAAAAGCGCGUACCGCUUAUUAUUUUAAUUAUAAUACAAAAUUAUUAGUAAAUAUUUAUAUUUAGUCAAAUAAUUGUUUAUAAUCUCAUGGAUAUCACAAACAAAUGUAAUUGGAGUAGAUCAGAAUUGUCAUAAAUGUAAUAAUAUAAAACCUAUGUCAUUAAUUACCUAUUCAUAAAAAUCUUUGUGCGUCAAAAAAUAUUAGAAAAAUCAUCUAAAUGUUGCCGCAUUUUUGUAUAAUUUCAAAUUCUGAUAAAAAAUGUUUAGACUUGUACUAAAAUUUAUGCAAAAAAGUGUCUAAAAAUUAGUAGAAUUUCAUAUCAUGGGACAAUAUUGCGGUUGCCAUAGUGGAUAAAUAAAAAUACCUUCAUGUACAACACUUUACCAGUGUUAAUUGUUACUGAUUAAUGUUAUUAUUGUGGGAACCUGAUGUUAAGGAAUAGAGACAUACGUAGGGAAUUGACAAUUUAGAACAUUUUAUUGUAACUUUCGUGAGACAUACUAAAUUAAUUAUUAUGUUAUCAGCUUCCCGCCGUACUCAGUUAUUUAAUGAUUACUUAACCCAGUCCUUAGCAAGAGUUUUCGGAACAAAAUCGUUACUAAGGAAUGCUUUAAGUAAUCAUUUAAUGUCUAAGUGUGGCAGAUACUCACGUAACUGUUUGACGAGGAACUCGACUAGUAGUAGCAGCGACAAUCGCCGUGUCGUGUGUCGCGGAAUGCUGCUCAUGAAUAUGAGCCUGUAGCAUGGCUUGAAACUAGUCAAGUUCCUCGUCAAACAGUUACGUGAGUAAGCCGAUAAAAUAAUUUCAUCGUUUACGUUGUACUGUAAACCGUUUAGUAACAAAUUUCUUAAUCAACUAUUUAAUGCCGUAAUCUACUUUUGUAAAGUAUCGCUUGUCAACUUUGACAGCUGUCAAAUCUUACAACAGAUUAAGCCUCUAACUAAUGGUAAGCGUCAACAGACCCGCAUCGUACGCAUCGCAUGUAGGCAUUGCUGAUGAUGCGGUGCGUACGAUGCGGAUCAGUGGACGCAGUUGUAUGAGUUUCUAUACAAGACAAACUAAAAUCCGUUGCGUGCGAUGCGACUGUGGACGCUUACCAUAAAAUAGAGGCUGUGUCAAAUGAAAUGUCAAGCGAUAUUUUGCACAGAUGAAAUAAGGGACAUUUAUUUUUUGUCAUUCAUUAAUUGUCUCAAAUAGUUCUGUUUUAUGUUUUUUGACGAAGUUGUAUGAUUCUUUUGUUAUCAUUUUGUUUUAUUUGCGUUUUUGAUGACAUCGAUGUUAAUUUUGGUGGAUUGUAUGAAUUAAAAUAGAAAUGUAAAAACAUUAUUGUUAUUGUAUAAAAAUCAAGAAGGAAUGGAUUGAUGAUAAAAAUUGUGAUUUCUUUUUUUUGAAAACAACGCCAUCUGUCGGAUGAAUUGUCAACGGAAUGUUUUGGGGGAGGCUACGUUUUGUUUUACGCUUUAGUAAAAUACGUUGCUAAAUAUAUUUAAGUAAAAUUA